AUGCUCAUGAAACCGGUCAGAAUUCUACCCCCUCGGAUGUCACCCAAAGUGCUCAAAUUGAUUGAGAAGGCACGUGCGGAAGGCCAGAACCUUGAGGCAAUGGACCACCUCCUUGAUAUGCUCGACUUUGGCGAAAUGACCCACUACGCCAGCUUGACCACUCGCCUGUCAUGCGAAGGAGCCAAUUAUCCUGAUUGGAUUGCCCGGCUUGACCAAACCAUAUGGACACUGGCGAACAAACGAUUUUACUUGCAAUCGCCACCUUCGGAAAUUACCACCCUUCUUGACUUGGUUUUGGACGAAGUCGUGUUGGCCAUGAUUCACGCCACAGUUCAUUGCACUGUGUCUCACGCGCUUGGAAAUAUGAGAGGCGCGCAUGAUGCCGUCAUGUGGAUCAAAUGGUUCUACGAUAUCAACAGAUCACACAAAGGUUGUGUUUUUGGAGAAAAUGAAUCUUUAUCUUUGGCAUAA